GUGUUCUCUGAUUGAUAGUUUUGGAGAAUCCAUUGCUGAAAGUGGGGUAUUGAAGUCUCCCGUUAUUCCUGCAUUGCUGUCUAUUUCUGCCUUCAGAUCUGAUAGUACUUCCUUGAUAUAUUUAGUAGCUCGAUAUUUGGUUCAUAUGUACUUAUAAUUGUUACAUCCUCUCAAUGAAUUAGCUGCUCUGUCAUUACCUAAUAAUGUUUUUUUGUCUCUAGCGAUAGUUUUUGACCCAAAGUCUUAUUUAGUCUGACAUAAGCAUAGUUACCUCUGCUCUGUUUCGGUUUUCAGUUGCACAUUUGUUGUUGAGUUGUCCCUUUCCAAUAAAGUCAGCGUGUACUUCACCAGCAUUUCUUUGCGUUCAGGUUGCUGCUGUGGAGCAGAGGAUGUGGAGGCGUCCAUUGAACCGAGCAUUUCUGUAGGAGCAUCACAUGGCGGGACUCCGAAGGAACCUUCAUCGUCCCAGAGGACCCACCCCUGUGAAAUGUGUGGUCCAGUCUUAAGAGACAUUUUUCACUUGCCCGAGCACCAGGGAACACAGCACAGCCAGAAACUGUUGAGGUGUGGGGCGUGUGAGAAACAAUUUUAUUUCAGUGCGAAUUGUCAGCAGCACCAGGAGCAGCCUUUGAGGGGAAAACCCUUCGUAAGCAGUGUGGACAGAACCUCAUUUGUGAUGAGCUGCAAUUUCCAUGUGUCUGGGAAGCCCUCAGUCUGCAGCGAGGUUGGGAAGAACUUCCUGACCCCUGCCGGACCUCUCCAACAACAAGACAGUCACACCACAGAGCGGCCAAACAAAAUCUCCGAGUGUGAGGUGACUUUCCAAAGUAUAAAAAGUCACAACACUUGGGAAGAAUGCAAGAGAGUUUUCAGCCCCAAACACAUAUUCGUUCAGGACCCAGGUAUCCACACUGAAAGCCAGUGUUUUGUGUGCCACGAAUGUGGGAAAACAUUCAAGAACAAAUCCUCAUUUGUUGUUCACCAAAGAAUCCACACUGAUGACAGACUUCAUGUGUGUGACGACUGUGGAAAAUCCUUUAGGGGAAGCUCAAUCUUCAGUCAACAUCGAAGAAUUCAUACUGGGGCAAGGCACCACAAGUGUGGCAAAUGUGGAAAAUCCUUUAACCAAAAAUUUGUCCUCAUUUAUCCUCAGAGAAGUCACACGGGAGAAAAUUGUUAUGUGUGCCGUGAAUGUGCACAAUCUUUUAGCAGUAGCUCUGUGCUUAUUCAGCAACAGACAGUCUGUACUGAAAAAAUGAAGUAUGAGUGCACUGAAUGUGGGAAAUUCUUUAGACGAAAAUCCGACUUCACUGAACACGAGCGGGUUCACACAGGAGAACGGCCUUAUGAGUGUAAUGAAUGUGGAAAAUCUUUUACUUCUAGCUCUGCCCUCCGUUAUCAUCAGAGAGUUCACAAUGGAGAAAAGCCUUAUAAAUGUAGUGAAUGUGGGAAGUCUUUUACCUCUAGCUCUGGCCUCCGUUAUCAUCAGAGAGUUCACACGGGAGAAAGGCCUUAUGAGUGUAGUGAUUGCGGGAAAUCUUUUACCCAAAGAAAUCAUCUCGUUAUACACCGAAGAGUUCACACAGGAGAAAGGCCUUACAAGUGCAGUGAAUGUGGGAAAUCCUUUAGGCACAAAUCUUACCUCUCUCAGCACCAGAGAGGUCACACUGGAGAAAGACCUUUUGAAUGUAGUGAAUGUGGGAAAUCUUUUACCUCGGGUUCUGCCCUCGGUUAUCAUCGGAGAGUUCACUCGGGAGAAAAACCUUUUGAGUGCGGUGAGUGUGGAAAAUCCUUUACCCGAAGACCAAUACUCAUUCGACACCGUAGAGUUCACACAGGAGAAAGGCCUUAUGAAUGCAGUGAUUGUGGGAAAUCCUUUACCCAAAGAUAUCACCUCAAUAUACACCAGAGAGUUCACACAGGAGAAAGGCCUUAUAAAUGCGCUGAAUGUGGGAAAUCUUUUACCUAUGGCUCUGCCCUUCGUUAUCAUCAAAAUGUUCAUGUCGGAGAAAGGCCUUAUGAGUGCAGUGAAUGCAAGAAGUCCUUUACCUCAAGCUCUGCUCUUCGUUGUCAUCAGAGAGUUCACAAAGGAGAACGGCCUUUUGACUGCAGUGAAUGUGGGAAAUCUUUUAGGUAUAGUUCCCAGUUGAAAGAACAUCAGCGAGUUCACACUGGAGAAAAACCUUAUGAGUGUAGUGAGUGUGCAAAAUCUUUUACUUCUGUCUCUGCCCUUGGUUAUCAUCAGAGAGUUCACACAGGAGAAAGGCCUUAUAAGUGCAGUGAGUGUGAGAAAUCGUUUACAAAUAGUUCGAUACUCAUUAAACACUGGAGAGUUCACACUGGAGAAAAGCCCCAUCAGUGCAGUGAAUGUGAGAAAUCCUUUACGCAAAGAAUUCACCUCACCAUUCACCGGAGGGUUCACACAGGAGAAAGGCCUUAUGAGUGUAGCGAAUGUGGGAAAUCUUUUACUUCUCGUUCCACCCUCCAUAAUCAUCAGAGAGUUCACACAGGAGAAAAGCAUUACGAGUGCAGUGAAUGUGCAAAAUCUUUUACUUCUGUCUCUGCCCUUGUUUAUCAUCAGAGAGUUCACACAGGAGAAAGGCCUUAUGAGUGCAGCGAAUGUGGGAAGUCUUUUAGCCGGAAAUCUAACCUUUUUCAGCACAUGAGAGUUCACACUGGAGGUAGGCCUUAGAUGUUUAGGAAAUGUACAAUUUCUUUGAUCAGUGUUAACAACACUGGAGGAAACUGAGGUGCCAUGUGUCCGAAUUGAAUCUCACAUUCAAACCCCAACAGUCAGGAGAGUCCCCAUAAGUUUUAGUGAUGUGGGAAACCUGACUAUGUUGCACUUUCUAAUCUGCCCAGUCUUUUGUCAGAUUUAUGUCACUGUCGGGUUCUGUGGCCAUAGCUAUUUCCCCUCUCCCAUCUAACAGGUCCUCACAGUUCGCAUCAAUCACCAUCCUAAUGUGCUCGGGGAAGCUAACUUCUCUCAUAUGGUAGAGGACAUGAGAAGUAGCCUUAAUUUUUAGGGGAGCUGCAAUCCCUUCACUCUGACUAGUUGGAGCAUGGACCUGACCCAGUGUUGGCUGCAGAGAACAUCAUAUGAGUUCAACUGGCAGGUGCAGAGGACUGCAUUUCUCAGGGACAUGGUUUUCCUAGGUACUUGUGAUGACAUUUUUGAGUUUCCAAGUCACGAACACAACAAUUAUCAGGCCCAUGUCGCUUUGGUUGGUAAACAAUGAAGACUUUAUUAUUUAAGUUCUCUUCAAUCUUGGGCAUUGUAUUUACUGUGUGGGGUAGUUUAUAAACAGUUUGUGUUGUACAAGUAUGAAGAGGUGAACAACUUUUACGAGGCUCUCAAACUUUCUGUGCCUCAAGGGGAGAGUAUGACAGCAGAAAUUAGCUCAUCAGUUUUUGCCAAACUUGUUUAGCUGCCCCACCUCCUAGGAAAGACUGCAGGGUUUUCUGGUCUUCAUAGUUUUAUCUAGUCCUCACAGAAGCCUGGAUGCUAUAGUUUUAGGUGACUCAGAGAUUACCCCGAGGAGGGGGACAGAUGUGACAACUUCAAGGGCUUCUGGGAGCCGCAUGAAUUUCUUCCUUGUUCACAAGGGAUGUCAGUGCUCUGGGAAUCUCUUUCAAAGAGCCGUGUUCCCCGAUGUGCACAAUUCAGUGGUUGAUGGUCCCUGGUUGUAAGACCAUAGGCGUCAGAGGAAUCCAUGACUGCUACAGGAACACUGGCUUAAUAGGAAUUGGAGGAGACCAGACCACAGCCAAUUAUGUGGAAUGUGCCUUGUCUAAAAGCGCGUCCACAAAUAUUCCUGUGGCAAAGACUGCAGGAUCAUUGUGUACAGAAGUCUGAGGACCUCGGGGCAUAUUUAUCUUCUGUACUGGAAGUUAGUGUCAUGGAAAGUAAUCCAAAGGCUUUGUGGAUUUCUGUAGGCUCUGAGAGGUUCACCGCAGGGCCGUUGCUACCUAAGCAGGAAAACAAGGAUCUGAGAACAAGGGUAUGUAUAGCCAAAGGAUGUGGCUUUUGUGACCCAGCCAGCAUUCCUGUUAAUUUGGACGAAAGUCCCCCAUUGUUUGCCACAUUUGCUGUCGCUGAGGAAAGACUGACCCGCAGAGAACAUGAAAAGGUAGAUUGAAUAUAGUGUUGCCGAACCUAUUUUUUGAAAAGGGUUGGACAUACAGAUUAAAAUAUAGAACCAUUAUUUAAAAGCUUUAGUAAGGCAUAAUCUACAUAUAAUAGACAACAUAUUUAAAGUAUAGUAUUUGGUGAGUUUUCACACAUGUAUGACACCCAAACCAUCACCGUAGUCAUAAUACUGACCAUAUCUUUCACUAUAUAUUUACUUCAUGUCCUUUUAUAAUCUCUCCAAGGAAUCAUUGAUUUACUUUCCAUUUUAAUGUAGAUAACUUUGUAUUUUCUAGAAUUUUUAUGAUGGGAAUCAGUAUUUUUUAUCCUUUUAUGUUUCAUAAAUACUUAGAGUCAUCAAUGAUAUAUGAGCACCUCAUUUUUUUUCUUCUGAGAAAUGCUCUUAUCUUUGAAUAUACCAUUUGUUUACCCAUUCAGUUGUUUAUGGACCUUGGCAUCUUUCUAAUUGUGACUUGAAAAUAAAUUUAGUAGAAACAUUUCUGUAUAA